CCCUCCCUCUUCCCCUCCCCGGUGGAGAAUCAGCUCCUCCUCCUCCCAGUCGGUCGUGCGACCCUGGUGCAAAAUGCAAACAGCCGCCCGCACUCCCCACCCUGCGCGGCUCUCCCGAAGGAGGGAGAGGGAAGAGGCGAGGGCGCUGCCCCAAGCGGAGUCCAGCAAGGCUGUCAAUCGGGCGUGAACGUCCCGACGAGACGACUUGGACCUCAACUCCCUCGCACCAGCCGGACACCGCAGGGACCCCCUUUACCUGCCUCUCUGCUGGGUUUGCAUCCGGCACCCCAACUCCGAGCCUAAUUUCCCCCCCGCCGCAUAAGGUCCCGGGCCCCUGCUCCCCGUGCAGGUGGUGCAAACGCCCCUGCUCUCCGGCGCCCCCUGCCGGGAAGAGGGAAGGCGGCGGCGGCCGCGGCCGCGGACUAGCCGGACGCGGGGGCCGGGACGGAGCUCGGGCGCUGGGAAGAAGCCGGGAGCUUCCCUGAUGGUGCCGCCGCCGCCUCCGAGCCGGGGAGGAGCUGCCAGGGGCCAGCUGGGCAGGAGCCUGGGUCCGCUGCUGCUGCUCCUGGCGCUGGGACACACGUGGACCUACAGAGAGGAGCCUGAGGACGGCGACAGAGAGAUCUGCUCAGAGAACAAAAUCGCGACGACUAAAUACCCGUGUCUGAAGCCGUCAGGCGAGCUCGCCACAUGCUACAGGAAAAAGUGCUGCAAAGGGUAUAAAUUUGUUCUUGGACAAUGCAUCCCAGAAGAUUAUGACGUCUGUGCUGAGGCUCCCUGCGAACAGCAGUGCACAGACAACUUUGGCCGCGUGCUGUGUACCUGUUAUCCGGGAUACCGAUAUGACCGGGAGAGACAUCGGAAGCGGGAGAAACCGUACUGCCUGGAUAUUGAUGAGUGUGCCAACAGCAAUGGGACACUGUGUGCCCACAUCUGCAUCAAUACCUUGGGCAGCUACCGCUGCGAGUGCCGGGAAGGCUACAUCCAGGAAGAUGAUGGGAAGACGUGUACCAGGGGAGACAAGUACCCCAAUGACACUGGCCAUGAGAAGUCUGAGAACGCUGUGAAAGCCGGAACUUGCUGUGCCACAUGCAAGGAGUUCUACCAGAUGAAGCAGACUGUGCUGCAGCUGAAGCAAAAGAUUGCCCUGCUCCCCAACAAUGCUGCUGACUUGGGCAAGUAUAUUACUGGUGACAAGGUGCUGGCCUCAAACGCCUACCUUCCAGGACCUCCCGGCCUGCCUGGGGGCCAGGGCCCUCCCGGUUCACCGGGACCAAAGGGAAGCCCAGGCUUCCCCGGUAUGCCAGGCCCUCCUGGGCAGCCCGGCCCUCGGGGCUCAAUGGGACCCAUGGGACCAUCUCCUGAUCUGUCCCACAUUAAACAAGGCCGAAGGGGCCCUGUGGGUCCACCAGGUGCACCAGGAAGAGAUGGUGCUAAGGGGGAGAGAGGAGCGCCUGGGCCCAGAGGGUCUCCAGGACCCCCUGGUUCUUUCGACUUCCUGCUACUUAUGCUGGCUGACAUCCGCAAUGACAUCACCGAGCUGCAGGAAAAGGUGUUCCCACACCGGACUCACUCUUCAACAGAGGAGUUCCCAUUACCUCAUGAAUUUCCCAGCUACCCAGAAGCCAUGGACCUGGGCUCUGGAGAUGACCACCCAAGAAGAAUUGAGACAAGAGACUUGAGAGCACCCAGAGACUUCUAUCCAUAGCGCACCCCAGCACCAUCAUGUCAAAGGAAGGGAAAGAUUAUUUCACCUGCAGUUAAACCCUCUAAAGAGAAAACUCACCACUGGAGUCCUGGAAAACAUACGUUUUUCUCUUCUCUUCUCCUGACUUCUUUCUCCUCCUCCUCCUCCUCUUCCAAAUAUAAUACUGUAUUCAGAGUUCCCUCCUAGGCCUGCAGACACAAGGGAGUGAACGACUGAUUUACGUGCUUUUCGCUAAGAGUGUGUUGGGGUGGUUUGCAUUGUAAUUUUUCUUUUGCAUCCUACUUUUUCAGGAACUGUGGAUUUCAGUACUCUCACUGUGUUUUAAAUCAUAAAUUUUUCAAGUUAAAUUUGGCAGAAUAUCAAAAAGAGGGAAAUGGCAAAGUGAGCUCUAAGAAAAUAUGAGGCUGCUUUUAAGGCAUAUGCUCAGAAUAGACCGUAACUCCUCUAGUAUCAAAAUGAGGGCUCUUCAAUUAAAAAGGGGUGGGAGGACAGAUUUGUAGUUGUACUUUGGUGUAGAAUUCUUUUUCUUGUCCUAGACUUUAAAUAUUUUAUCCCCUUAUCUGACCUUGUUUCCCAAAUUAAAGAGAGGAGAGAAUUGAGUGGAGUUUAAGAGAAGAUAGAAAAGAAUUACAGUGAAAUAUUUACUGUUACAUAGAUUGGUGCCUUCUAAACUUCAAAUAUGGUGCUUAAGGUUUUAUGCCAUGCUUAUCUGUAAGUGUUCUAGUUAGGUAAGAAAAUUAAACCCUCUUUUCAACAAACAGAAAGUGAAAUGCGCUGAUUCACAUUAAAACAAUGGGCCCUGGAUUGCUAGAGUAUUUUUAAGCUGUUUAAUCAAGAACGAAGCUUGCUCUAUAAAUCACAGAUAAUUUGUUCAAUAAAGUGGCUGACCUUAGAGGUGCAGAAUUCCUGGUGCUGAGCAGGCGCCCAGAAGGUGCCAUUCGGUGUCAUGAUCCAGACUGAAGCAAUGUACAGUGGGGUUCAAGGCUACGAGGUGGUUGCUGGCUUCAGCUGACCUCACUAACGCCAUCAGCAGUGGUAGGUAAAUUUGUUCUCCUUGGAUAUUAGAAGUCCUUGUCUGGAGCCAAUCGAGCUUGCCAACAUGUUGAGAAUAAUACACUGUUGAAAGUGACCUUGGAUGGAGAGGAAAAAACAAGCGGUUUUCCUUGCUUGUAAAAACUUCCUUCCUAUGCCCAUUUUUCCUUAAUUUUCUUUAAUUUAGUCCAAGCUCCAGUUCUUGUAGGCCUUCUCUUUGGUUUCUUUUCCCCUGCAACGUGAGAAGCAGUUCAGAAAAGGUUCUGUUUCUCAAGCUCCCUGUGAGUUAGAGUGCUUUCUCAGAGCACCUCUGGAUCCGAAAGGGAAGCAUGUGCCUGCCAAGGUUUUCUGUGGGUCCAGAAGCACCAGGAACAAGAGACCAGAAAGGUGGUCUGCUCCUUUGUAACCUUGUCGAGGGACCUCUUGUUUCCAGUGAGCAGCUCAUAGGUUACUCACAUUCCACGUUCUCAUUGGACACACAGAGUGGCUCUUUAUCUACCUUUGCGGGAGACUUUCACUCUUACAUUGAGCUUCACAAAUGAUCAUUCUCAUAUUCACUCAUGUUGGACUAUCCCAUCCUGCCAUGUCGUUU